GCCCUUAUUUGGUGCUUGAGAGGAUCACAUGACCACAAAAUGGUGGAACCUCUCGGCAGCAAGUGAGCUGAGCAUCCCUGACGCUGAGAGAUACAGUCACAGACCUGGGAUCUAAAAGCCAGGGCAGAAGGGAAAGAACUGUUAUUUAGCUGUGUUCCUCUUCUGGCAAUGUUGGGAUGGAGCAGCCUCAUGAACGCAAGAUGAGUUCUGAGGGGGCAGAGGGUCGACCAGCCCCGCCCACAUCCUUGCCACUGCAGGGCCAAGAGGGCGGGGUCUCUCAGAGAAAAAAGCUGUCGGCACCUCGAAUAAGCCUAUCAUUGGACCAAAGUGAGGAUGACCUGUUUGACACACCGGAUGAUCUUGACAUCAAUGUGGAUGAGCUGGACACACCUGAUGAGGCAGAAUAUACUGAUCAUGAAAUUGACUGGGAAGAGCCUAAAGCAGCUCAGAGAGAUUCUGUUAGAGAAACAGUUGAGCCCAUUCCCACAUACAGUGCUGAAGAGGAGCGUCAGGACUCCAAACUCUGGAGAACCGUCAUCAUUGGAGAACAAGAGCACCGCAUUAACAUGAAGAGCAUUGAACCUUACCAAAAAGUCAUCUCUCAUGGAGGCUAUUAUGGCAAUGGAACCAAUGCCAUCAUUGUAUUUGCUGCAUGUUUUCUUCCAGACAGUGACAGAGAGGAUUAUCAUGACAUAAUGGAAAAUCUCUUUUUGUAUGUUAUCAGCACACUUGAGCUCAUGGUAGCAGAGGACUAUAUGAUCGUCUACCUGAAUGGAGCCACUCCACACCGGAGAAUGCCAGGCCUCAAUUGGCUGAAGAGAUGCUACCAGAUGAUUGACAGGAGACUCAGAAAGAACUUAAAAUCUUUCAUCAUCGUUCACCCAUCAUGGUUCAUAAGGACAAUUCUAGCCAUCACUAAACCGUUUAUCAGCUCAAAGUUCAGCAGUAAGAUAAAGUAUGUGCACAGUUUAGCAGAACUAGAGGAGCUCAUCCCAAUGGAGUAUGUGCACAUACCAGAGUGCAUCAUCAGACUGGAUGAAGAGUUACGGGAGGCAGCAGAGAGCUCUAUAAUUAACAAUUUUCUCCAAGGGACUGAGGUUUCACCAAAUGAAUCUAUAGCUCAUCACAAUGCAAGCAGUUCAUAAGGACGCAAGAACAUUGCCUGCACCUAUCUUUUGAGUAUUGUAAUGAAUGCGCACGGAUGUGGAUGCAAUAAUCUCGUUAUCUUAAAGAAGAAGGUAUUUUGUGUUUUAGUGCUAAGCUUAAUGCAACACAGUUUAUUCUUUAAAAUGUCAGACAAAAAAAUCCUUUCUCACAUCUGAAUUAGCACCACAGGACACAGUACCACAGUACGGUAGCUUAAACCAAUGCUUGAAACAUUGUCUUCUAUCGUCUUGCACAAGGUUAUCUUGUUACUUAAAUUGUGCAUGAGAGCCAUCUUAGCAAUAAUAUCUUAUAGUAAUUUCCCCCCUGAGGCUCAUCAUUUUCACAGCCAGAUAUUUUUAUAAUUGGAGCAUGUAUAAAGUAGACAGUGUUUGGACAUAUGAGUUCUGUCUGCUAGGCUCCACCUCACAUGAGCUGCUAUGUAUUAAUGUAAAUGCAUGCAUGGUUAUUGUACACAUAAAGACAAUGCUUGAUAACCUGUAAGCUCAGUACAUUCUGAUGCUAAAUUGUAUUUUGAUGAAAUAAGAUCAGACAUACACGACAUAUAAGUUAAUCAUUGCCAUAAUCACAAACAAAAUAGGUCAGGUUUAAAAUUAAACUUUAUACAGUCAAUUUAAAUUGAUCAGGAAGAAAAUCUUUGUAGUAUACUUAAAGGUAAAGUUUGUAGUUUUACCAUCAGUUUUACCUGCAGAGACAACCACAUGUCAAUCUUAGGAUGACUUCAUGAAAAUGUAAAGAGUAACAAGUUCCCUUGAAUAGUUUUUUUUUAACUCAGGUGUACGUAUUAAACUUAUGUGAAUGACAUAUCAAAUCAGAUGGCUUUUUAAGGAGAGGUGGGCUAUUUACUUUUGUCCUGUCUUAAAAAAACAGUAUCAAAAAUCUCAAAGAUAUUUUCAGAGGGACCUGAGCCAUAUUUGGGAAACACUUGCUCUUUCGACUGAGGAAUUGCAUAGCAACACCCAGCAAACAAUUUUGCAUUUAAAAGAUGUCUAAUAGCCGUACAAACACAGCCCAGACGUCUAGGAUAAAACAAGGCAAAACUUGGGCUGUCAGUGAAACUUUAAUAAAAGUUUUACCAUAGGCCAAAAAUAAAUGAAAUAGAAUAAACCAAUAAAAACCAAACACCUUGUAAUAAUUGUUUACUGAGGUUACAUGAUAUUUAUUUUGGCUAAAAGUGGGUUACUCAUAGCCAGACUAUAUAGAUAACCUAGAUGGUGAUAUGACAGCUAGUGCUUGCGGGCACCGCCACACAAAAAAGCCACUCUAUUGUGAGUGUUUUGUACAGACAAACAACAUUCAUGUUUUCCUCUGGUAACUUUUUUCAUUUAAUGCCGCUAGUGAAAUUAUAUACUUUACCUUUAAGAAUCAGAAGCCAUAGUGAUCCAUUAGUUUCUUUAGUGCCCUAUACGCACUACAAAUCUAUUCUAGAUCUUUCAAAACUUUGAUGUCUAAAUACGUGUAUGUCAUGUAUAAAAUAGUUGACACAAUCAAAUGGUCUGUAAAAUCCUGUGAGCAUGCAUAGGUUUUUAAAGUUCUUUGUGACUGCUCUAUCUAUUUCCAAACACCUCUUGUGUCAAUGUGUACUGUGUGUGUGAAGGUAUGUAUGCGUAAAGGUGUGUAUGUCGAUGUACGUUUGUGUAUUUGUGUUAUUUGCUGUUAGAUUUCUCAACAAACAGUUUGAGUUUAUUAAGGGAUUUAAAAAGAUCGCUGUACAAUAUUCACCAUAAGUGUCCAAGUGUGAAAAUAAUGUAUAUUGAGAGACAUCUUGUGGGUGAUUGUAUUACUGCAUGUGUCCAUGGCUGUCAAUAUUUGAUCCUUCUGAAAUUCUAUCAAAGAAUAUGAAUAGAUAAAAACUUUAAUCCAGAGGCCUUCUGUAGCAGAGCAUAUUGAGAUGUGUUGUAUCAGGAUGCAGAGUAAAUUAAUAAAUAAAAAUUUUAUCUAAACAGUUAUGUGUGGUACUAUAUAAAUAUGAUGAUUUUUUAAUACCUGUGACUUUUUUGUUAAAUUUUAUUUCACUUUUAUAUGUUGUUUGGAAAUAAUUGUGGAAAUUUGCACAUAUUUUACGAGGUGGCUCAUUCAUUCGCAUUACCACAUUCGUACAUUUUUGUAAAAUUUACUUUUGCCCCUGUGACGUUGAUUCACUUCAUACAAAUUCAUACAAAUUAGCCAAAACAACCACU